AGCAGGGUGGGGGGAAGGGAGUCUUAUCUUGCUAUUGUAGCUUAUCUGCCUUUUCUCUAAUAAGUUGCACUUGCUUUAACACUUUGUUGACAUUUAUGAUGGCUCAUUUUCUUUACUUGUUGCUACUUGUUUCCAUUUGGUUCCCUCACUUCUUCCAUCAACCUUUUCUUUUCGUGAAUGGAGACACUGAUUUAAUCCAAAAAACUUGCAAAACCACCAAGUACUAUGACCUCUGUCUAUCAUCUCUCAAAUCAGACUCCACAAGUCCUGCAGCCGAUACGAAAGGACUGGCAGUUAUAAUGGUCAAAAUUGGAAUGGCUAAUGCAACUUCCACAAAUUCUUACCUGGCCUCCCAACUAUCCCCACCGAAAAAUGCCAACAACAAAGAUGCAGUCAUGAAAAUGGUCCUCAAGGAAUGUGCACUCAAGUAUUCAUAUGCAGGGGAUGCUCUAAAAUCAUCGCUUCAGAAUUUAGAAGAUGAGUCUUAUGAUUAUGCAUAUAUGAAUGUAAUGGCAGCUGCAGAUUACCCAAAUGCUUGUCAUAAUGCAUUUAAGCAAAACCCGAAACUUGUUUAUCCUAAAGACCUGGCACUCAGAGAGGAUAGUUUCAAGCAUAUUUGUGAUGUGGUUCUGGGAAUAAUAGAUGCUCUUGGUUGGUGAUUUAUAUUUCUUAUUCCUCUUAGUUUCUGUUUAAUUUGUUAAGGAAUUGUAACUUUAUGCAACUUUGCACUUGAUGUUUGAUUAUAUGUGCAGAUCUUGAACAAUUUUUGUGA